GCGUCCCCGGCGAGCCCCGGGGCGCCGGGGCGGGAGGAGGAGCCGGGGUCCGGGGCCGACGCGUCGCCCCCCGAGAGCCCGGCGGCCGAGCGCGGCGCGGAGCUGGGCGCCGACGAGGAGCAGCCCGUCCCGUACCCGGCGCUGGCGGCCACAGUGUUCUUCUGCCUCGGGCAGACCACGCGGCCGCGCAGCUGGUGUCUCCGGCUGGUUUGUAACCCGUGGUUCGAGCACGUCAGCAUGCUGGUCAUCAUGCUCAACUGCGUGACCCUGGGCAUGUUCCGGCCCUGCGAGGACGUCGAGUGCCAGUCGGAGCGCUGCAGCGUCCUGGAGGCCUUCGACGACUUCAUCUUCGCCUUCUUCGCGGUGGAGAUGGUCAUCAAGAUGAUCGCCCUGGGGCUGUUCGGGCAGAAGUGCUACCUGGGCGACACGUGGAACAGGCUGGACUUCUUUAUUGUCAUGGCGGGCAUGAUGGAGUACUCCCUGGACGGACACAACGUGAGCCUCUCCGCCAUCCGGACAGUGCGCGUGCUGCGGCCCCUCCGGGCCAUCAACCGUGUGCCCAGCAUGCGGAUCCUGGUCACGCUGCUGCUGGACACGCUGCCCAUGCUCGGGAACGUCCUUCUGCUCUGUUUCUUUGUCUUCUUCAUCUUCGGAAUCGUGGGCGUGCAGCUCUGGGCCGGCCUACUUCGCAACCGCUGCUUCUUGGACAGCACGUUUGCCAGGAACAGCAACCUCAGCUUCCUGCGGCCCUACUACCAGACGGAGGAGGGGGAGGAGAACCCUUUCAUCUGCUCCUCGCGCCGGGACAACGGCAUGCAGAAGUGCUCGCACAUCCCCAGCCGCCGCGAGCUGCGCGUGGAGUGCACGCUGGGCUGGGAGGCCUACGGGCAGCCGCAGGCGGAGGGCGGGGCCGGCGUGGGCCGCAACGCCUGCAUCAACUGGAACCAGUACUACAACGUGUGCCGCUCGGGCGGCUCCAACCCCCACAACGGCGCCAUCAACUUCGACAACAUCGGCUACGCCUGGAUCGCCAUUUUCCAGGUGAUCACGCUGGAGGGCUGGGUGGACAUCAUGUACUACGUCAUGGACGCCCACUCUUUCUACAACUUCAUCUACUUCAUUUUGCUCAUCAUCGUGGGCUCCUUCUUCAUGAUCAACCUGUGCCUGGUGGUGAUCGCCACGCAGUUCUCGACCCCGUUGCCUUCCGAGCCCCCGCUCUCAGAGUCGCUGAGCUCGAAGUCAGGGUCCUCCAGCGCGCUAGCGCAGUACGGGCAGUUCUUCAGCUCACAGGCUGGGGUCCUCACCGUGCUCCCCAACCAAAUGCUGGAUCUUCUCAUAGGGAUCAGGGCCCCUCAGGCUCAGGGGGCUGUGCUCUCCGGCGCCCGGAUGUCCGCUGGCCCGCUUCCCCUUGGGCCCAAGCGGCGGGCAGCCCCGGGCGAGCCGGGCGGGCUGGGCGGCGUCUGGGCCGCUUUCAGCGGCAAACUGCGCCGCAUCGUGGACAGCAAGUACUUCAACCGCGGCAUCAUGGUGGCCAUCCUCACCAACACGCUGAGCAUGGGCGUGGAGUACCACGAGCAGCCCGACGAGCUGACCAACGCCCUGGAGAUCAGCAACAUCGUGUUCACCAGCGUGUUCGCCCUGGAGAUGCUGCUGAAGCUGCUGGCCUGCGGCCCGCUGGGCUACAUCCGGAACCCCUACAACAUCUUCGACGGCAUCAUCGUGGUCAUCAGCGUCUGGGAGAUCAUUGGGCAGGCGGACGGCGGCCUGUCAGUGCUGCGGACCUUCCGGCUGCUGCGGGUGCUCAAGCUGGUGCGCUUCAUGCCGGCGCUGCGGCGCCAGCUGGUGGUGCUCAUGAAGACCAUGGACAACGUGGCCACCUUCUGCAUGCUGCUCAUGCUCUUCAUCUUCAUCUUCAGCAUCCUGGGCAUGCACCUGUUUGGCUGCAAGUUUAGCCUGACGACAGACACUGGAGACACGGUCCCCGAUAGGAAGAACUUUGAUUCCCUGCUGUGGGCCAUCGUCACCGUGUUCCAGAUCCUCACCCAGGAGGACUGGAAUGUCGUACUCUACAACGGCAUGGCCUCCACCUCCUCCUGGGCCGCCCUCUACUUCGUGGCGCUCAUGACCUUCGGCAACUACGUGCUCUUCAACCUGCUGGUGGCCAUCCUGGUGGAGGGCUUCCAGGCAGAGGGGGAUGCCAACAGAUCUGACACAGACGAGGACAAGACGUCCACCCACUUGGAGGAGGACUCUGACAAGUUCUCCGACACCCGGGCCACAGAGAUGAAGAUGUACUCACUGGCGGUGACCCCCAACGGGCACCUGGAGGGCCGAGGCAGCCUGCCCCCUCCCCUCAUCAUGCGCACGGCGGCCACACCCAUGCCCACCCCCAAGAGCUCCCCACACCUGGACACGGCCCCCGGCCUCCUGGAGUCUAGGCGCGGCAGCAGCAGCUCUGUGGACCCCCAGCUGGGCGACCCGAAGUCACUGCCCAGCCUCCGAAGCUCGCCCUGUGCCCACUGGGGCCCCAACAGCGCCUGGAGCAGCCGGCGCUCCAGCUGGAACAGCCUGGGCCGCGCACCCAGCCUCAAGCGCCGGAGCCAGAGCGGGGAGCGCGAGUCGCUGCUGUCCGGGGAGGGCAAGGGGAGCACGGACGAGGAGGCAGAGGACGGCCGGCCGGGGGCGGGGGCCCCGCCAGGGACGCAGGCCAUCCCACUGCGGCGCGCCGAGUCCUUGGACCACCGCAGCGCGCUGGACCUGCAGCCUCCGCGGCCCGCCGCGCUGCUGCCUGCCAAGUUCCCUGACUGCAACGGGCAGGUGCUGGCCCUGCCCAGGGAGUUUUUCCUGCGCAUCGACAGCCACAAGGAGGACUCGGCUGAGUUUGACGAUGACAUGGAGGAUAGCUGCUGUGUGCGCCUGCGCAAGGUGCUGGAGCCCUACAAGCCGGCGUGGUGUCGGAGCCGCGAGUCCUGGGCGCUGUACCUCUUCUCCCCGCGGAACAGGUUCCGGGUCUCCUGCCAGAAGGUCAUCGCUCACAAGAUGUUCGAUCACGUCGUCCUCAUCUUCAUCUUCCUCAACUGCAUCACCAUCGCCCUGGAGAGGCCUGACAUCGACCCCGGCAGCACCGAGCGUGUCUUCCUCAGCGUCUCCAAUUACAUCUUCACGGCGAUCUUUGUGGCUGAAAUGAUGGUGAAGGUGGUGGCCUUGGGCCUGGUCUCCGGCGACCACGCCUACCUGCAGAGCAGCUGGAACGUGCUGGACGGGCUGCUGGUCCUGGUGUCCUUGGUCGACAUCGUGGUAGCCAUGGCUUCGGCCGGUGGCGCCAAGAUCCUGGGCAUCCUGCGUGUGCUGCGCCUGCUGAGGACCCUGCGGCCUCUGAGGGUCAUCAGCCGCGCUCCGGGUCUCAAGCUGGUAGUGGAGACUCUGAUAUCCUCACUCAGGCCAAUUGGGAACAUUGUCCUCAUCUGCUGCGCCUUCUUCAUCAUCUUCGGCAUUCUGGGGGUGCAGCUCUUCAAGGGGAAGUUUUAUUACUGUGAAGGCGCCGAUACCAGGAACAUCUCCACCAAGGCCGAGUGCCGGGCUGCGCGCUACCGCUGGGUGCGGAGAAAGUACAACUUUGACAACCUGGGCCAGGCGCUGAUGUCGCUGUUCGUGCUGUCAUCCAAGGACGGCUGGGUGAACAUCAUGUAUGACGGGCUGGAUGCCGUGGGCAUAGACCAGCAGCCGGUGCCCAACCACAACCCGUGGAUGCUGCUCUACUUCAUCUCCUUCCUGCUCAUCGUCAGCUUCUUUGUGCUCAACAUGUUCGUGGGCGUCGUGGUGGAGAACUUCCACAAGUGCCGGCAGCACCAGGAGGCCGAGGAGGCGCGCCGGCGCGAGGAGAAGCGGCAGCGGCGCCUGGAGAGGAAGCGCAGGAGCACCUUCCCCAGCCCAGAGGCCCAGCGCCGGCCCUACUACGUGGACUACUCGCCCACCCGCCGCUCCAUCCACUCACUGUGCACCAGCCACUACCUGGACCUCUUCAUCACCUUCAUCAUCGGGGUCAAUGUCAUCACCAUGUCCAUGGAACACUACAACCAGCCCAAGUCGCUGGACGAGGCCCUUAAGUACUGCAACUACGUGUUCACGGUCGUCUUCGUCUUGGAGGCCGUGCUGAAGCUGGUGGCCUUUGGAUUCCGGAGGUUCUUCAAGGACAGGUGGAACCAGCUGGACCUGGCCAUCGUGCUGCUGUCCGUCAUGGGCAUCACGCUGGAGGAGAUCGAGACGAACGCGGCCCUGCCCAUCAACCCCACCAUCAUCCGCAUCAUGCGCGUGCUCCGCAUCGCCCGCGUGCUGAAGCUGCUCAAGAUGGCCACAGGCAUGCGGGCCCUGCUGGACACGGUGGUUCAAGCCCUGCCCCAGGUAGGGAACCUCGGCCUACUUUUCAUGCUCCUGUUUUUUAUCUAUGCUGCCCUGGGGGUGGAGCUGUUUGGGAGGCUCGAGUGCAGUGAAGACAACCCCUGCGAGGGCCUGAGCCGGCAUGCCACCUUCUCCAACUUUGGCAUGGCUUUCCUCACGCUGUUCCGCGUGUCCACGGGCGACAACUGGAACGGGAUCAUGAAGGACACGCUUCGGGAGUGUUCUCGCGAGGACAAGCACUGCCUCACCUACCUGCCAGCCAUCUCCCCCAUCUAUUUCGUCACCUUCGUGCUGGUGGCGCAGUUCGUGCUGGUUAACGUGGUCGUGGCUGUGCUCAUGAAGCACUUGGAGGAGAGCAACAAGGAGGCCCGCGAGGACGCCGAGCUGGACGCGGAGCUGGAGCUGGAGGUGGCGCAGGGGCCCCCCGCCAGCCCCAGUCCUGCGGCCCCUCCGAGCGCGGACGCCCCCGGGCUCCUGGUCGUGCGCAAGGUGUCUGUGUCCCGGAUGCUGUCUCUGCCCAACGACAGCUACAUGUUCCGGCCUGUGGCGCCCGCCUCGGCCCCGCACGCCCACCCGUUGCAAGAAGCUGAUGUGGAAACCUGCUCGGCCCCGGCCGCCUCUUCGCACUCCCUGCCCGUGGAGCCCUGCACCUCCCUCCGGGUUCCCUCGGCCACACUGUCCGCGGCCAGAGACAGCGAUGCCCUCUGUGCCCUGUCCCCUCGGGGCGCAGCCCGCUCCCCCAGCCUCAGCCGACUGCUGUGCAGACAGGAGGCUGUGCGCACCAGCUCCCUGGAAGGGCAGACUGACGGCCCCAGGGAUGGUAGCCCAGGCUGGGGGGAGCCUGGCGGGAAGACCCCCGUGAGGCAGACGUCCCUGGGGGCCUCCAUACGGUCCCCACCCCGGUCCCCGCGGCCCGCCAGCAUCCGCACCCGCAAGCACACUUGUGGGCCGCGGUGCGUCUCCAGCCGGCCGCCGGCCUCGGGAGGGGAGGAGGCCGAGGCCCCAGACCCCGCCGACGAGGAGGUCAGCCACAUCACCAGUGCGGCGCGCAGCCCCUCAGCGUCCCCUGAUGUGCAUGGAGUGGCAGGCGGGGACCCGGACCCGCAUGGGCUCUACGGUGUCGAUGCCCAGGGCUUCCUGGAGCAGCGGGGCCAGGCGGAUGAGCAGAGGCGGCCGUCGGUGGAGCAGGGAGGAGGGGACGGCCGCCCGGAGGCCAGGGAGGUGAAGGCUCGGGCCCCGGAGGCAGAGCCCGCCUCCGGGGCCCGCAGGAAGAAGAAGAUGAGCCCCCCCUGCAUCUCCGUAGACCCCCCCGCCGAGGAGGAGGGCACAGCGCGGCCCCCGGCGGCGGAGAGUAGCGGCACCCUGAGACGGAGGACGCCUUCCUGUGAGGCCCCGCCUCACAGGGACGCCCUGGAGCCAGCGGAGGGGGCGGGGGUGGACCCUGCCACCAAGGGGGAGUGGCGCGCGCAGGCCUCCUGCCGUGCGGAGCAUCUGACCGUCCCCAGCUUCGCCUUUGAGCCGCUGGACGUGGGGGGCCCUGGCGGAGACGUGUUUUUGGAUGGUGGCCACAGUGUGGCCCCUGAACCCAGAGCUUCCUUUUUGGGGGCCACGGUGCCUCUUGAACCCCACAAAACAGAGCCUCCCACGCUCUCCAGCGACCCUCCAGAGAAGGGGCGGGGGCUGCACCUCAAAGUCCUCCAGAGCCCCCCACAGAAAGAGGGGUCCCCCGCAGCCACUCCCAGCCCAGGUGACCGUGUCGACAAGCCCGUGUAGCUGAGGUCACGGUGCCACACAGGUUUUAGCACUGGGGUCAGGAUGCCCCCAGCAGGGUGGUGGCCCCAGACAGGGCUGUGCGUGGACCCCGGUUGGGCCCCGCCGAGGCAGCGGAGCCCGAGAGGCCGUCUGCCCAGGGAGAGGGGCAGAACGGGAAGCCGUCAGCCUGGGAGCCCCCGGCCCGCGCACUCAGGUUCGGGUUUUCCCAGCUGCGCGAGGCGGUCCGAGGCCUGGUCAGCAGUCCCCUCGUGGCCGCCGCGUCCUGGGGACAGAGACCAGAAAACGACCAAAAAGAGAAAGUCAGAGGCUGCCCAGCAGAGCGCCGGCUUUACGCCCACUUACUUUUCUAGGGAACACAUGCUUGGGGCCAGCUGUGCCCCGGUGGGUGGCAGCGAGGUCCCCGAGGCCGCCACGGCCAUGCGUCACUGUUGCUCAGUCUGAGUCCUCACCUGUUUGUCCCCCUCCUCAUUCCCCUCUGCUCCCAGGCCCGCUGCCCACCAUUCUGUAUUGGGGGGUUCCAGAAAUGCCGGCGUCCCUAGGGAGUGGGGUCCACGCAAUAAGCGGGCGCCUCUGCUGGCGGCCCCGCCCGGGCUGGGAGGUUGCGACAAAGCCCCUGCAGUUUGCGGACAUUUCUUUUAUAAAUUCAGGUUAAAUGUUGCAAUAAUCCGA